ACUUCACUGAAAUCAAUUGUAUGAAAACAAGUUCAUGUUUUUCCUCUUCCUCUCUCAUGUCUACAUUAUAUUUUGACUACCCAAUCUCAUUUGUCAACCUCCAAGCUUAACUGUUUCCAUUCUGAUUUCAAAGAUCCGGAUGUCAGUGGAUAACAGAUGAACCCUUGACUGUCAUUCGUUUUGGUUUUAGUGGUAUACAAAUCUCAUCAGUGAGUUUUAAGUUCAAUUCAUUGCUUCUCUUCUUAAAAACUCGAUCUGGGUAUCAAUGGCUCCAAACUCAGUUGUGGUGACUAUGGAGAAGCCUAGCAACUUCUCUUUAGUGGAACUCAAUGGCUCAGAUUCAUCGUUGUUUCCCGAGAAACAAAAGGGUGUGAGUCCUAAGCAAUUCACAUGGUUUCUUUUUCUCAAAGCUCAUAGAGUCUUUAGUUCUCUUUCAUGGCUUGCCAUGGCUGUUCAAACCAUGUUUGUUUCAGCUAAGAAACGUAUUUCAUUGUCUGAGGUCAGUGAAGAAGAGCCUAAAUACAGAGGAAGAUUGUAUAGGUUUAUCAAAGCGUUUUUGGUUUUAUCAAUAGUGGCUUUGGUCAUUGAAGUUGUGGCUCAUUUCAAGAAAUGGAACUUGAAUCUGAUGCAGCCAUGGGAGGUUCAGGGUCUUGUGCAGUGGUCCUAUAUGGCUUGGUUGUCAUUUAGAGUUGAUUAUAUCGCUCCCUUGGUCAUAACACUUUCUAAAUUCUGCACUGUACUCUUCUUGAUUCAAUCUCUUGAUCGCCUAGUUCUAUGUCUCGGUUGUUUCUGGCUUAGGUACAAGAAUUUGAAGCCCAAGAUUGAAGCUGAAGCUGAUGACAUUGAAGAUUCUUCUUCAUUUUUCCCAAUGGUUCUUGUCCAGAUUCCAAUGUGCAAUGAGAGAGAGGUGUAUGCACAAUCCAUUUCUGCAGCCUGUCAGCUUGAUUGGCCAAAGGACCGGAUUCUAAUUCAAGUUCUAGAUGAUUCUGAUGAUACAAGUUUGCAGCUAUUGAUUCAAGAUGAGGUCUCAUCUUGGCGUGAGAAAGGAGUUAACAUAGUCUACCGACAUCGAUUAAUCAGAACCGGUUACAAAGCCGGCAAUCUUAAAUCAGCCAUGGGCUGUGACUAUGUCAAGGACUCUGAAUUUGUUGCCAUAUUUGAUGCAGACUUCCAGCCAAAUUCUGACUUCCUCAAACAAACUAUUCCUCACUUCAAGGACAACCCUGAACUUGGUCUUGUUCAGGCUCGUUGGUCUUUUGUGAACAAGGAUGAGAAUUUGCUCACAAGGCUCCAAAACAUCAAUUUGUGCUUCCAUUUCGAGGUGGAACAACAAGUCAACGGCCUUUUUCUCAAUUUCUUCGGAUUUAACGGGACUGCAGGAGUUUGGAGAAUCAAAGCCCUAGAAGAAUCAGGAGGCUGGCUUGAAAGAACAACAGUUGAAGACAUGGAUAUUGCAGUCCGAGCGCACUUGAACGGCUGGAAAUUCAUCUUCCUUAACGAUGUCAAAGUCCUCUGUGAGUUGCCGGAAUCCUAUGAAGCUUACAAGAAACAACAACACCGCUGGCAUUCGGGUCCAAUGCAGCUCUUCCGUUUAUGCCUUCCUGCAAUUAUUACUUCCAAGAUAUCAGUAUGGAAGAAGGCGAACUUGAUAUUUCUUUUCUUUCUUCUAAGGAAACUCAUCCUUCCCUUUUACUCAUUCACACUGUUUUGUAUCAUACUGCCGUUAACCAUGUUCAUACCAGAGGCAGAGCUCCCCAUUUGGGUGAUUUGUUACGUCCCCAUUUUCAUGUCUCUUCUAAACAUUCUCCCAGCUCCAAAAUCCUUCCCUUUCUUGGUCCCAUAUCUCCUCUUCGAGAACACAAUGUCCGUCACAAAAUUCAACGCCAUGGUCUCCGGGCUGUUCCAGCUCGGAAGCGCAUACGAAUGGGUGGUGACAAAGAAGACAGGAAGAUCGUCAGAAUCCGAUUUAAUAGCCUUCGCGGAAAGGGAAUCAAAAUCUUCAACCGAAGAAAAAAUCCUCAGAAGACACUCAGAAUCCGGCUUGGAACUCUUAAGUAAACUCAAGGAAGAAGAAAAAGUCCCCCCAUUAAAGAAGAUGAAAAACAGACUCUACAGAAAGGAACUGGCACUUGCAUUUCUCCUUCUCACAGCAGCAGGAAGAAGUUUGUUAUCCGCACAUGGAGUCCAUUUUUACUUCUUGCUUUUCCAGGGGCUGUCGUUUCUUGUUGUGGGAUUGGAUUUGAUCGGUGAGCAGAUGAGCUGAAAAUUAAAAAAAAAAACAUAUAGAAAUCCAAGUUUAUACAGAUGAAGAACAAAGUUUCAGUGCAGUUGAAAAUUGAACUGGGGCUGGAAUUGAAGUUGAUUAUAGGAAGAAAUUAAAAAUUAAUUAAAAUUUGGUGUAUGAAUUAGUAAGGCAUAUAUAAGAGAUUAAAGUUAAGCUUGUUGUACACCCAAAUAUGUUUUUACUGUAUCAAUAAUGAG